CGAUGUUCACAAAGUGAAGCAAGCCGCUUCCCGCUGUCAAAACCGUCGAGCAGACAGUGAAGCUUACGGCGUCAAAAUGGACACAGACCACGGCCUGUUAACAUCAACGUUGACUGCCAGUAUGAGCUACCUGUCCGGGCACGGACAAGCGUCGAGCAGCGGGAUGGUUGGGUUAGGAGACAGCGCGGCAAGACAAGACGAAACUUGCGUCUCAGAUAGACACAGCAUCAAUGACUUGCUUCAUCACAUUAUCAGUAUUACGGACCAGUCUCUAGACGAAGCUCAGGCUAGGAAACAGGCGCUGAAUAAUCAUCGAAUGAAACCGGCGUUGUUCAGUGUGUUGUGCGAGGUGAAGGAGAAGACGGUUCUGAAUAGUCGUGGAGGGCUGGAGGAUGAACCACCUGAUCCUCAGGUGGUUCGUCUUGAUAAUAUGCUGCUAGCAGAGGGAGUGGCAGGACCCGAGAAAGGAGGGUCUUCUGCAUCAGCGACAGCAGCAGCAGCAUUGGGUGGACUUGGCUCGAGUUCAGGGUCUGAAUCACAAGUUGAGCAUUCUGACUAUCGGACGAAACUGGCGCAGAUCAGGCAGAUCUAUCACCAAGAACUAGAAAAGUAUGAACAGGCGUGUGGUGAAUUUACCACACAUGUUAUGAAUUUAUUGAGAGAGCAAUCGAGGACAAGGCCUAUUGCUCCUAAGGAAAUUGAGCGAAUGGUCAGCAUCAUACAUAAGAAAUUCAGUGCUAUACAACUGCAACUAAAACAGAGUACAUGUGAGGCAGUCAUGAUACUACGCUCAAAAUUUAUGGAUGCAAGACGAAAAAGGCACAAUUUUAGUAAGCAAGCAACAGAGAUACUGAACGAAUACUUCUACUCACAUCUGAGCAAUCCAUACCCUAGUGAAGAGGUGAAGGAAGAAUUAGCAAGAAAGUGUGGCAUCACAGUCGCUCAAAUUUCCAAUUGGUUUGGUAACAAACGAAUACGAUACAAGAAGAAUAUUGGGAAGGCUCAAGAGGAGGCCCAACUGUAUAUAUCUAAGGGCUCAGGUGGUGCAGUCGGUGGGAUCCCGGGCACACCUACUAUGACUAUUGUUCCAUCAAGUCCAGGUGGGUUUCCGUCUCCCGGUCCCAUGAUGACUUCCCCUCACAUGACUGUUCCUCCAACCGACAACUACUCUCCUACCCCACAUCAUGUUUCAGUGACACCGGGACUGAGUCCGUUGCCUGAUCCUCGUUUCCAACAGUAUUCUCCUAUGACACCACAACAACAGUUUGUGUAUGGAGAUCAGAUUCAAGGGUAUCAGCCAGUGCACCCUGGUGUUGGAGGCUCAGCAACUGGUUCGUCUGCAUCGUCUAGUGGCACGCCUGUACAUCAGAUGACGUUUAUGUACCCUGGGCAGCAGAUGGUGUCUACCACACGACCACUAUAUCACACUCCAACCAGCAAUAGUUCUCAGUAUCAGGGAGUGUUCACGACAUCAUUAGAAACGCUCUGUAGACCACCAGUGUUGUAUUGUGGAUCGACGGAUCCUAGUUCAGCAAUGGGAGUUGGAAUCAACGACAUGCAUCAUACAGGAAUGAUGGAUUCAUCAUCUCUAACCCACUCAUCACCUCACCUUGUUGAUCAUUCGUCAGCAAGCUCACUGGACAUCGCAGACAAUGCAGUGAAUGUGUUGUCAGGGUCUGGUGGUGAUCACGAAACUGAACUUCAUCUCAGUAGCGAACAUUGGGCAUCACUACAGUCUCUAACUCACGGCGAUGGCACUCAUGGUGAUGUGAGUGCCAGCGAUACUUUACGAGAUCUUGUUGAUGUCGAUGACCCAGACGAUCUGGUAGAUCAACCCAUGUCUAAGAAACUGAAGAUGGGCGAUGGCAUUGGAUAGCUGGGAAGGAAACAUGUAGUGUUUACUGGAAUUAGUUAGAAAAAUUUGCUUCACGACCCAUGAAAUGACCUGGUUGAAGACAAAGAACAAGUUGUUUGUAAUCUUUAGAACAUCUUUGAGAGGAGCAGAGUUUAUUUUUUCUCUGGGAUACUGUUGUUUAUUCCCUCAGUACUGAGAAUAUGUCUCACAUGACAGCUAUCAGAUCUGAUGAGACUUGGAGA